AUGAAUAGGAUUGAAGCCGUCUGGAUUGCCAGACAAAUGCUUUUCCAUGGGACGGAAAGGAUCAGAGAGAAUGCACAACUCCUAGAUCCAGCAAGAUGGCAUUGUUUAAUGGACCAGGAACAUGGGUUGCCUGCUCUAAAGAUACUUCUCAAUCAACAAUGCUGUAUAAGUGAUAAGCAAUUUUUUGAAGCUAUUUUUCAGGGACAUUUUUCAAAUCCAAUUGGGAAUAAUAUUUUAAUGCAGCAGGAUACUAGCAAUAUGAUAAUGACAGGAAAAGAAGGCCAGCCAAGGGAGUACUAUACGUUGGAUUCAAUUUUGUUCCUGUUGAAUAAUGUACAUCUUUCACAUCCUGUUUAUGUCCGUCGUGCGGCAACUGAAAACAUUCCUGUAGUAAGAAGACCUGACAGAAAAGAUCUCCUUGCAUAUCUUAAUGGAGAAACAUCAACAUCAUCAAGUAUAGAUAGAAGUGCACCAUUGGAAAUAGGUCUCCAACGAUCUACUCAAGUUAAAAGGGCAGCUGAUGAAAUAUUAGCAGAAGCUAAGAAACCAAGAAUAGAGGAUGAAGAGUGUGUGCGGCUUGACAAAGAACGGUUGGCAGCUCGGCUGGAAGGACACAAGGAAGGCAUUGUGCAGACUGAGCAGAUCAGAUCCUUAUCUGAAGCCAUGUCUGUGGAAAAAAUCGCAGCUAUCAAGGCCAAAAUUAUGGCCAAGAAAAGGGCCACAAUUAAGACUGAUUUAGAUGACGAUAUAACUGCUCUUAAACAGAGAAGUUUUGUUGAUGCAGAAGUUGAUGUUACUAGAGAUAUUGUCAGCAGGGAAAGGGUAUGGAGGACAAGAACUACCAUCUUGCAGAGCACAGGCAAGAACUUUGCCAAGAAUAUAUUUGCAAUUCUUCAGUCAGUCAAAGCUAGAGAAGAAGGCCGUGCACCUGAGCAACGACCAGCACCAAAUACCGCCCCAAUGGAUCCAACUUUAAGAAACAAGCAACCUAUUCCAGCUGCCUAUAACAGAUAUGAUCAGGAAAGAUUUAAAGGAAAGGAAGGAGGGAGCUUCAGCGCGAAAGACUCAGACCCCAGCAGCGCAGCCUGUGGCAAGGCCAGUUUCUCAAGCAAGACCUCCUCCAAAUCAAAAAAAAGGAUCUCGAACACCAAUUAUCAUUAUUCCAGCAGCUACCACUUCAUUAAUUACUAUGCUUAAUGCAAAAGACCUUUUGCAGGAUCUCAAGGAUCGGGUUGUGGCUGUGUUUGUCCAGGGUCCCGCCUGGCAAUUCAAGGGCUGGCCAUGGUUACUACCUGACGGAUCACCUGUGGAUAUUUUUGCAAAAA